AGAACAAAAUCACAAAGAGGGGAAAAAAUAAGAAGGGCCCAUCACAAUGUUGUGGAGUCGCUGUACGCGUAACACCAACCGGAGGAUCCCCAAGCUCGACAUGCCGCUGCGGGAGGCGACGCGGCUGGCACGCAACGUUGGCUGCCUUGGUGCACCGCCUGCCCCUUCCUCUUCAUCCUCUUCGGUUCGUGGAACGCCACCGCUCAAUGAGGCAGCUCUUCGUGACUUUCACAGCGUGGAACCGUUGCGUCGCUGCACCGGCCCCGACGCCCGCAAGGACGUCGCCUUCAGACACAGCUCGUCCUUCUCCGACGGGGAGUGGUGGACGCUGCAGACUCUCCAGCGGCACCUCUUCAGCGACGCCCACGCCCCGUCGGAGGGUGCCUCCAUCGCCGUCUCAGCGGCCUGCGUCAACACCAUCCACGUCGAAGGCACCGUGCAGGCGCUGCAGUGUGGCCACUUCGCGGCGAACGUCGCAGGCCCUUCCGGGCAUCUGAAGCCGGGUCGACGCACUGCGUGUGUGGUCGCGCCGUCCCACACGGCGUUUCCCACGGUGCUGCUGUGGCUAAGCAUGGCAGACUCGUCUUCUUCUUCAGGUUGUCUGUUGGCGGUACGGUGUCGGUUGUCGCCAGAGGUUGUGGAGGCGCGCUGGCGUGAGCAGCAGCAAGCGAAGAAAAGCGCAGAGGCAGUCCCUGGCGAUGGCCAUGAAGCCGGUGAAGCAGUUGUGGAGAACGAAUCGGAUGCAAACGCGGAGGAGAAAGAAGCCUCGGCAGAGGCAAAGUUGCGGUGUGUGAAGGCGUGGGUGAAGGCGUCGCUGCUGCACCGCCACGUCCUCGUGAGCGGUCAGCUGCGCAUGGGGGAGGUCUACGACGGUGACCUGGGCAAGGUGGUAUCCGUGCCCAUCAUCGACGUACCGCAGGACAACCUCAUUGGUGGCGUGACAGCACUCACUUUUCACUGA